CUGUUAGCUCCCGUGUGGCUCUGUCGAGAAUGGACCUGUGGUAAUGUGAUGCUAGCAGCUAACAUCCUAAUGUUCUACAGAAGGAAACAAACCAGAAGAAAAUAUCGUUUCUGACUGUCUUUGCGCCGUGGUUUCUUAAAUCUGCUGAGCUCGGACAUGUGUAGGGGCUGGUCAGAAGAAGGAUAAGAGUUGCGUUAUUGCAUGUUUGCCCUGCACUAGGAGCUAAAGGGCCCUGAAUCCACGGCGCUCGGGUUCAGUGCGGGCGGGAACACUGCACACCCCCUGCAGGAGCUGUAAGCUUAAAGCUAACUAGCUCUGCGAGGUUUGGCUUGUUUUUGGACCAAAAGGCACAAGAUCCUCUAAAAUAUGUCACAUAACGGACCCCCGCCUCGUUGGCGGAACUGUCCCCGCAGAGGACAGCCUGUGGCAGGAAAAUUCCUACCAAUGAAAACGAUGUUGGGUCCCAGAUAUGAUGAACAAGUUGCUGAAGAGAACAGGUUCCACCCGGGCAUGCUGUCCAACUACUUAAAGAGUAUGAAUGUGAAAAUGGGAUUGCUUGUGGAUUUGACAAACACCACACGUUUCUAUGACCGCAAUGAGAUUGAAAAAGAAGGCAUAAAAUAUGUGAAACUCCAGUGUAAAGGCCAUGGAGAAUGUCCUUCACAAGACACUACUGCUAUGUUCAUCAGACUGUGUGAGCACUUCAUCGAAAAGAAUCCCACAGAACUCAUAGGUGUUCACUGCACGCAUGGCUUCAACCGCACAGGGUUUCUGAUCUGUGCUUACCUGGUGGAAAAGAUGGACUGGAGUGUGGAAGCAGCUGUGGCUGCCUUCUCGCAGGCCCGGGCCCCUGGGAUCUACAAGGGAGAGUACCUCAAAGAGCUGUUCCGUCGCUAUGGAGACGAGGAGGACGCGCCCCCUGCCCCCGCGCUGCCCGACUGGUGCUUCGACGACGAGGACCCCGAGGCGGAUGACGACGGAAACGCGCUCCAGGAGUCCGGUCCCAGCUCGUCAGGGUCCGCACCAGGGAAGAGGAGGAAAGAGAAGCUCAAACUGGGUGCGGUGUUCCUCGAAGGCAUCACGGUGAAGGGCGUCACUCAGAUCACCAACCAACCGAAACUGGGCCAGAUCCAGCGCCUGUGUCAGGAGAUGGCCGAGUGGGACAAGUCUGGAUUCCCCGGAGCUCAGCCCGUGUCCAUGGACCGCCAGAACCUUCGCUUCCUGGAGCAGAGCCCGUACAAAGUCAGCUGGAAGGCAGACGGCACCCGGUACAUGAUGCUCAUCAACGGAAAAAACCACGUGUUCAUGGUCGACAGAGACAACAGCAUCUUCCACAUAGACAACUUAGAGUUCCCCUACCGCAAAGAUCCUCGGGUCCACCUCUCCAACACACUGCUGGAUGGGGAAAUGAUCAUUGACAAGGUGAACGGUCAGCCAGUGCCUCGCUACCUGAUCUACGACAUCAUCAAAUUCAAUGGGCAGCCCGUUGGUCAGUGUGACUUCAACAUCCGGUUAGUUUGCAUCGAGAAGGAGAUCAUUUCACCUCGGAUGGAAAAGAUGAAGAUCGGGCAGAUCGACAAAACGAAGGAGCCGUUCAGUGUCCGAGCAAAGCCUUUUUUUGAUAUCCACGCGUCCAGAAAGCUUUUGGAAGGCAGCUUCACGGCGCAGGUCAGCCAUGAAGUAGACGGACUGAUCUUCCAGCCGUGUGGGAGGUACAGACCAGGCCGCUGCGAUGACAUCCUCAAGUGGAAACCUCCAAAUCUGAACUCUGUGGACUUCAGGCUGAAGAUCACCAAAGUUGGAGGAGAGGGGCUGCUCCCUCAGACUGUGGGCCUGCUCUACGUCGGCAACUAUGACAGGCCCUUUGCCAACAUGAAGGCCACUAAAGAACUGAAACUGUAUGACAACAAGAUCAUAGAGUGUAAAUUCGAAAACAACAGCUGGGUGUUCAUGAGGCAGAGAGUGGACAAGAGCUUCCCCAACUCCUACGACACAGCCAUGGCCGUGUGCAAGAGCAUCCAGGAGCCCGUCACCAAGGAGAUCCUGUUCGAGUUCCUGGACCGGUGUUGCGCCCAAAGCGGCCCCCCCCAGAACAAGAGACACCCCUCCGACCCCGACGCCGCCCUCAUGCCCCCUCCCCCACCCAAAAGACCCAACAGAGCCAUCCCAUAAUAACACACGUCCACGCACUCCGAUGUGAAACCCCCCCCGCCUCCAUUUCGGGACGAUGUUUGGAUGCUGGCAUGUUAGCGACGCCGCCAACAAAGACUGCAACUUGUCAUUCGUUUUACUUGUUUGUAGCUUUAAUUAAAUCCCAAAAACCGACGCGACAUUUUGUUUUUUUUUUUCUUCUACUAUUUAUACUUUUUUAUUGUCAGAGCUAAUACAUUUCAUCUGCGAGGUAAUAAUGUGGAUCUAUGCUUUGUUAAAGGUUUGUAAUGAAAUCGAGUAAAUGGUGAAAGCUCAUGUCUUCAACGAGAAUAUGUUUUAAAAGUAGUUCAAAGUUCGACCAAAGCCUUUUGUAAGGAUUUAUCUGCUCUCCCAGGUCGGUUUAUGAAGGUCGAAAUGGUUUUAUAGUGCUGUUUAUCACAACUAAAAUCUGACAUGUCCCUUCUGUGUCCUCUAUUUCUUCUUCAGAGGAGUUUUUCUAUAGCGAGUAUUUUUGGCAGUGUGAUAAUUCAAAUCAAUAGCCCUAGGCCUCUCACUACUGUCUGCGUGAUUUAGAAUACUGGUCGGAGCCAAGAGAUUUUCGUUUCUCAAUAAUUGUGAAGAAUGCAGAAUUUCACAAAUGGUACUGUAGUCGAGAAUGAACAAUGGGUUUUAUUUUUGCAAGAAUUUAAGAAAAAAAAUACAAAAUUGAAGGGCAAAAUCUGUAAUUUCCGUGUGGAUUCCAGAUGACGUUUUAAAAAAUGAAGUGAAUUUUAAUAGGUUUGUAGUACAGACUAAUGAUUCCAGAUUUACCAGUGUAUCAAGUGCAAGCUGCUGUUUGUGUCCAUCUCUAACCAGUGUUGCUUCUAAACUAAAUCAAUCUGUUAUACAUUUUUAAACGUCCAUUGCGUAACUUUUCUGGUGGAGGAUCUGCUGCCUGCUACUUUUUUACAAUCUAUGAUUUCAGCACUAAGUUUAUUACUGUAUGAACAAAAAUUUAAUGAUGUCUGCUGGCCACGAUUGGCAAUUCAAGUUCAGCCAAUUAUUUUUUUGUGCCAAGAAAAUUGUUUUCAUAUUUGAGUCAGUGUUAAAUGUUAAAGUAUUAGUCUGUUUUCUGAUCUGUUACAAUGUAGUUUCUUGUAAAAAACA